ACAGCAAUGACAGUCUCAAACUCCCUUUCGGUAGCUUUGAAGUGUGCUUUUUAGCACAGCUGAGCUUCGGGCGGCGGCAGCCACCCACUGCACCUGAGUGGCCACACCUCAGCCCAACGGCUCCCGCCUCGCACCCCUCCCUCAGCGCUGCUCGGUGGUGCGAGCCCGCUGCCCCACCACACACACCUCGCCUCAGGUUGAGUGCUGAGGGGAGGACCAAGGGGCACCACUGCCAGUCUUUUAUUUUUUUCCUCCAUGAGGCUUUUAGACCUCACACUUCAAGUCUGAUAUUUCUUAGCCGUUCUCGAAAAAAAAAAAAAAAAAGUCUCAAGAGGAAAAAAUUAGUUAUGUAUCAAAGAGCAGCAGCUGCAGGUGAUGGAGCCAGCAUGGUGUACCUUGCUCUUCACUGCUCCAAAAGAAGGCUCCAGGGGUGAGGGUGCACCCUCGGAGCUUUGCUGGAAAGAAGCUUUCAGUACCUGUUUUCAUCUGGUAAAAGCCUCCCUGUGAAGCAGGGCCCAAACUAAGCCUAAUAAAAACAUUUUUCCUGGGCUGAUUCCUCUCAGGCUGAACGUAUUAGAUAACUACAGGCUGACAGAAUAAAACUGGUUGGAGGAGAUACGUGAGGGCACACCAAACCAUGCUGGUUUAAGCAUCUUCAUCUGCUGAAGAGGACUUGUUCAGUUGUGGCGUUUGCAGCUGGACGGUAGAAAUGUGAAGACUGUAAGGAAAGGUGCUGCCAUUUUGUCUCACGCUGCAGAAGAAGGGGCUGGCUCUCCCGCAGCGCCCACGUGGUGGAGGUGGACUGGGUGGUAAGCAAAAGAAGCCAGAAAUAAGAGGAGUACUUCUGUGGUACACAACAGUUGUAGUACCCUGGGACAAGAGAAAACUGUUCUCUUCAGUCUUGUCAGAAGAGGGUAUAAUGGACCUUGCUGCAACAAGCAUAGGAGCUCCAUAGAAGCUGCUGCUCCCCACCUCCGAGUUGACUGGGGCUGAACUACUGAAAAAGAAAAGAAAAGCUAUAAAUAAUAGUGAGAGAUGGUGAAUACCUAACCAUCUCUUAAAAGCAGGAAUUUAAGAGAAUAAGUAAUUGAUAAAUGGAGUUAAGAUCGAAAGGAAAAAAAUCCACUGUUGCAGUCAAUAGAGUUCAGGUGUUGGGAAGCAAAAGGACAAACAUCAAACCACACAGGGGUAACACUUUUCCUCCUCUUCUGGGCUCAACUUCACUCCAAGCACCCAUUUGACCUGCUGAUCUCACUCAGCCCAUUCACUGGGGAAAUGGGCAGCACAGGAGGAGGCUGUGGUGAAUAUGCAGCAGUUCUUCUCUGCCGAUCCUUUCUUGUUGUUUCUACUUUGCUCCAGUGGGGGUCCUCCACAGGCUGCAGUCCCUGUCAGGAAUAUUCAGCUCUUCUGCCAUGGAUCCUGCACAGGUUUCAAAGACUAUCUGCUCCACCAUGGAGCAUCUACUUCUCCUCCUCCUAUGACCUUGAUGUUCCCUCUGUUGUUCCUCAUUCUUUUUGUUCUCCCCAGCUCUCUCCAUCCAAUAUUUUCUGUGCAUUCUUAGAGGCAGCACACCUUGGCUUAUCGUCUGACUUUGGCUUAUGGUGCGUCUGUUGCUGUGUCCAGCACAGUGCAGCCCCUCAAUUGCUACCAAAACCUUGCCACAAACCUCAAUACCCCUGUUAAAAGAGACCCUCUUGUUUGUUGCCCUUCUUUCAACACUCUCUAACAGUUUUAUGUCUUCAUACAUAUAUAUACAACAAACCAUCAAAGAGCUCAGCAAGGUCCACCAAGGAAAGGAAGCAAUGCAAGAGAAAGAAGACAGGACAACAGGGAGAAUGGGCAGCAUAAGGGAGGAGGCAGCCAGUGGCCUUAAAAACAAAGCAUAAAAAAUAACUUCCACUAGUGGGACAUAGUGAAUUGGAGCUCUGGGGUCUGCAUCUAGAGAUGUCUUUUCUAUUUAUCAUGUUGUUGAGGAGAUGGGUCCUCUGGCUUUGGUUGUGUUUUUUCAUGUUGGGCAAUUAUCUCCCAAGAAGAACCCCCUGUUGGACAGAAAGGUAGAGGUGUGCUCCAGAAACACAGUGAUGGCAAGGAGUCCUCCACUUCAUUCUUCCGUUUUUUUCCAGCUGGAAGCAUUCCUAGUUGUCAACGGAAUUGGUUUUGAGGAGUAGGAAAGACAGCAUUGCUGGAUUUCUGCUUUCUCCUACAUCCUAUCAGAUGACAUCAUGAUAGUUGUCUUUGUUUUAUGUUCUUAUGUCGCGUUCUGUUAUUAUAUAUUUUUUUCUAUCUUAUGUUAUUUUAUGUUCUUAUGUUAUGUUAUGUUCUUAUGUUCACAACAGGACUCCUUGCCAACACCGCCUCACAGACACCUGGGCCAAAGAGCAGGGCCUUGAGCGGCUAGCUCACCAUGACAGAGCUCAUUUCCUUCCCAGUAGCUGCCAGGUGCCCUCUGGGGGCAUUUCGGGGCUACAGCAUGGGAAGACUUCCUUGGGGUGGGAAGCCAUUGGGCUAGGAAAUGAGAGAGAAGGGCAAUGUUCCCUAGGAAGGAAAUCCCUGGGAAGCAAAAGCCUUGGGAUGGGAAGUCUUGAAUGGGGUGGGUACCAUUCCCUGGGGAAGGAAGUGCUUGGCAAAGUCCUCCAAGAGAGGGGAAUUCUUUGGGACGAGGUCUCUUUGGCUGAAGAAACGCUUCGUGUUGAUGGGGCAGAUUUCGUCUGGGUUGCUGCGAAUGUGCCAUGCGGUGAAAUGGCAAGGAUGGGCACUGCCGCUGAGGCCGAGAAGCUGGUCCUGGGCUGGGCAAGCCUUGGGCCGGGCAAGUGGUGGUGUGGAAGCAUCCUGGGCAUGGCAAGUGCUGCGUGGGAGGGCAAGCCUGCUGGGGAUGGCCAAGUCUUGCGCUGGGCAGCCUGCUUGGCUCCAAAGCCUGCAGUCCUCCCCAAGAUGUCGGCGAGGGGCUGCUCAGCCGUUGGGACGGAACCCCCGUUGCCCGCGUUCCCCAAGCAACCGCCCCACUCUCCAGCCACCAUGGCAGAGGGUUUCCCCAGACGGCUUCCGCGGCUUCCGCAGACACAAAACUCCCCCUUCGUCGUCCCAGCCGUGCCGCCAACGGUGGCUGCCUGGCUGCUUCCCUCCCUCCCCGGAGCGAUGGCGUUGCCCUUGCAGCCACCCCAGGUACCCACCCUCCCCUCCGCACUGCCCCAGGCCACUGUCUGGCACAUGGUGCCGGGGGUCCAGGGGCAGGUGCAGCAGCUCCCCGCCAGGGUGCAGCUGCCACCUGGGGGGCACCUCCCAGCUGAGGGGCGCCACCUGCAGCUUGGGCAGCUCCCUGCUGUGGGGCAGCUCUUCCACACCGCUCCUGUGGGUGCCCCCAGUGUCUCCCAGCCCCUGCUGAUGGGGACACUGGUGCCCCAGGAUGGUGCUCCCCUCUGCUUGGGGCCCAGGGCCGUGCUCCAUGGGGAGCUCCUGCACCCCGCAGGCACCUGCCUGCUGCAGGCCCCUGCCUACCCCGGCCCCCCCCCACUCCUCGUCCCGGGGCAUCCGCUGCAGGGGCAGGUGCUCCCCGCGCCCCGCACCCUGAGCAGCAGCCGGGGGCAGCUGCCGGAGCCCUGCUUGCAUGCCGUGGGGCUCAGCGAGGACCAGGGGCCCCCGCUGCCCGGCCCCACUCCCCCCGAGCCUGCCCAGGCUCCAGCGACCGCCAGCACCCAGACGCUGACGCCCGAUGGUGAGUUUGGGGCUGGCCCAGCCGGCCGCUGGGCACCCCACACCCAGGAGCCAUGGCAAAGCUGGCAUCGGGGGAUGCCUGGGGGAUUGCAUUGGCUUGCUUUUUCCUCAGCGGCGACACUUGCAGAGGUGCCUGAGGAGCCCCUGGAGCUGCUGGAGCUGGGCCCCGAUGCCUUCGCCGAGGCCUUUCCCCAGCUGGCAGGGGACAGCCAGCAGCUGCAGCACCUGCAGGACCAGCUCCCGGCCGACCUGGACAGCUCCGGCUUGGAGGAGCUGCUCAGCUGCCUUGAUGCCGUGGAGCCUCAGGAUGCCUUCACCGCUGUCCCCAGCAGUCCUGUCCUCAAGCGCUUCCUCUCGCAGCUGCCCGACCUCUGUGAGGACAUCGAGGAGCCGAGCACACACGGACUGGCAGCCACCAGAGCGCUGGGUGAGGUCCCCUCAAGCCCUGGGCUGCACCCUGACAAGGUGCAGGCUGGGCGGGCGCUGCAGCCCCCUGCAGCUGCUGUGCCGCCACUUAGCUCCCCCCUCAAGCCUGCAGCCCGGCCCCAGCUCAGGAGAGCCCUGCCCAAAAGAGCCCCCCAGCAGGAAUUCAUCCCUGCCCGCAGGAGAACCCUGCCCCAGCCUCCCUUGGCUCCCCUCAAGAGGCCCCCCAACCCUGACUGCCUCCCUGCCCGCAAGAGACCCCUGCCCCUGCCUCCCCAGGCUCCCGUCCAGAGCCCCCCCGACCCUGACUUCCUCACUGCCCUCAGGAGAGCCCUGCCCAAGCCUCGCUUGAGUCCCCUCCAGAGCCCCCCCGACCCUGUCUGCAGGAGACCCCUGCCCAAGCCUCUCCCCAAAAGGCCUCCCCAGCAGGAGUUCGUCCCCGCCCGCAAGAGAACCCUGCCCCGGCCUCCCUUGGCUCCCCUCAAGAGGCCUCAACUUCUCCCAGCCCUGAGGAGAGCCCUGCCCAGUCCCCCUCGCAGUCCCCUCCAGAGCCCCCCGCCUGCCCCUGCUCCCACCGGCACCAAGUGGGGGGCCAAGCGCCCCGUGCCCACCAGCACCCCCAGCACAGCGCAGAGCUCCCAGCACAGGAGGCUGAGGACAGACAAGACCCCCGGCAAGGAGAAGACGCUGCUGCUGCUGGGCCAGGCUGGCCAAGGCCCCAAGACGCUGCACCAGGGUAAGACACGUGGCCACGGCGCGCUGGCUGGCAGCAGCAGCCAAGCGGGCAGCGGCAGGCAGCAGCUGGCGAGCGACAGCACCAGGGCGCCCAGCAAGAGAGCCCGAAGCCUGGGGGCUGCUGGGGGGCAAGGAGCAGCGGUGCUGCCUCUCCGCAGAGCGCUGCUGCUGCCAGAGGCCCUCCCCAUGAAGCUCCGUGCCCAUGCCCAUGCCGUGCGGCCCCAGGGCAGGCUCCGGCCCCAAGCCAGCGGGGCCAAGAUGCUGCAGUGCCAGCAGCCGGGGACAAAGACCCCCAGCGAGACUUUUCAGCCACUGGGGGCCAGGGCCAAGGCGCUGGGGCCAGUGCGCCAGCCGCCCUGUGUGCAGCCGCAGCCCACCUCCAGCGGCCCCAGCAGCAUGCCCACGGCCCCGCCGACGCUGCCAGGCUCCAGCGCUGUGCCCGCUGCCCCCCGGCCCCCAGCUGGCCACAAGGCCCAGGCGCUGCCGGCACCACCAGGCAGCACGGCGCCAGCACGCAAAGCUCCCCUCAAGCAGGCGCCCAGAGUGCUGGGCCUGCCAGCUGCGGGGGGCCAAGCGCAGCGUCCGGCGCAGCCCCGCGGGGACUACAUGCCCUGCGUGGGGCCCUGGGCGGGCAGCGACGCAGCGCCCACACCGCUGGAGGAGCAGGAGUCGUCGGUGCCCAUCACGCCGCAGCAGCGUCCCGAGCGGGAGCGCCUCAAGAAGCUGGCCCAGGAGGAGCGGCAGCGGGCAGCCCACCACAUGAAGAUCGGCCCCGUGCAAUUCUUCGAGCAGCGGCAGAAGGACCACGCCAGAGCCUACUCUUACGGCUACCCGUGACCGACCUCGGGCUUCUCCUCGACGGCCCCUGCAGCACCCAGGCCCGCUCAGCACGCAGGCACAGAGACCUCUGCAGGCACCUGCUCCAGCUGCAGCCACGCUCCUGAGCCCUUGCCCCUCUCGCUUGGCCUCUCCCCUCUCUCGUGCUGGACCUACGCACUGCUUGCCACUCUCAGGGAUGGGCAACGGCAAAUGCCAAUGGCAAACGUGCGCGCGCCUCACCCAGGAAGGUGGCAAUGGCAAGCUGGGGGGAUGCUGGCAGCAGCUGGGCUGGGAAAGCUUGCCUGUGGCAACUGCUGCUUGGGACACCAAAGGGCUGAGAGACAAGACUUAGCCCUUCUUUCGGGGCAUUGCUCUUCUUUCCUGCCUUCUGGAUUACAUUCCUCUCCUUAGGUGGUCACUCAGCAAGGCCUCUGCCUGCAGCUCUUCUUGCACUGGGAUACCGAGGGGAUAAGAACUGGGAGGAUUUUGGGAGAGGAAAUGAUCAGUGGGAUGGGAAGUGAUGAUGGGGAUAGGAACUCAUUGGGAUGGGAAAAAUGGGUUUUAUUUUUAUUAAAUUUAAAUUUUUAAAUUUUAUUUAAUUUACUGGUUUUAUUAUUUAUUUAAUUAAAUCCACUUUAUUGACUGUGUUGUACAGUAUGGUGUUGUUUUAUUAUUAUAAAAUUAUAAGUAUUUAAUAUUAUUAAUUAAACAAUAUUUAUAUAUUUUAUACAUUAUAAAGUAUCAAUAUUUUCAUUUAUUAUUUUGU